AUGCCUGAAACUAUGCGAGCAGUUGAUAUCAAAGACGGCAAAGGCCAUGCCGAUGCCCUUUUCAUAAACGAUUCGACCCCCAAGCCUACCGCUCAAAUGGGUGAAGCUAUCGUCAAAGUCAAAGCUUUCGGUCUUAACCGUAUGGAUCUUCUCCAACGUGAAGGCCUCUAUCCUGUUCCACCACAGGCUCCCAAAACUCUUGGCGUGGAAUUUUCUGGUACGAUUGAAAGUUUAGGCACAGAUAUUAAAGAGGGAUUUAGUGUUGGGGAUGAGGUGUUUGGUUUGGCGUAUGGAGGUGCAUAUGCCGAGUACCUUGCUGUGAGCACGCAUAUGCUUUUGAAGAAACCGGAUCAUUUGAGCUGGGAAGAGGCCGCUGGUAUUCCUGAGACAUGGAUAACAGCUACUCAAGCUAUGUAUCUCGUUGGCGAAUUCUCCCAAGGAAAAUCCAUUCUCUGGCACGCAGGCGCAUCUUCCGUCUCCAUUGCAGGUAUUCAACUCGCCAAGAACUCCGGCGCAUCAGCUAUCUAUGUAACAGCGGGCUCACAAGAAAAGAUCGAUUUCUGCGUGAACACAUUAGGAGCCACAGCAGGCUUCAACUACAAAACACAAGAUUGGGCCAAGGAAAUUACCGCUGCUACAGAUGGCAAGGGUGUUGAUAUUAUUGUUGAUUUCGUAGGGGCAAACUACUUCCAGGGAGAUCUGGAUGUAGCAGCAAAAGAUGCGAGAGUUGUGCUCUUGGGGGUAAUGAGUGGUACGAAAUUACCAAGUGGUGUUGAUAUGGGUGCGUUCAUAUUCAAGAGAGUUAGAUUUGAAGGAAGCACAUUGAGGAGUAGAGAUGUGGAUUACCAGGGCAAAUUGAGAGAUAAGUUGGAAGAAUACCUUCCUAAAUUUGAGGAUGGUACAUUUAAGAUUUUUGUGGACAAGGUUUUCCCUUGGGAAAAGGUGGUUGAGGCUCACAAGGAGAUGGAGAAAAACACAAGUAAAGGGAAGAUCAUCUGUACAAUUUCUUAAGGGGGGAUGAGACGCAGUGUAUACUAGCGCUCUAAAUGUUAAGCGAUCAAAAGCAUAUUUCAUGUACGAUUAGUUUUGGGAGUAGAAGUGUCAUCGGCAUACCAAAUAUAGACUUGUAGACUCAUCUGAUUAUAAGCACAUGAUAUAAAUUUUGCACCGGUAGAUCAUUUCAUUUCUUGAAACAUUAAUACAUAUGAUCAUAAGUCGUAAAACCAAGCUUUCUCCCCUUCACAUCACAUUCCCGACUCCCAAAACCUCGGAGCCUAAUAUUUAUCCCAUCCCCACAACAUCAUAUUCACCGCUCCUCCGUCUAUAACAAUACUUGCGCAUAACGCAGGUCCAAAAGCCACAGUCCCAAAAUACAACCAUUCCAUUCCCCGAACCCUGCUAUCACCACAUAAGCCCAUAAAGUAAGGAAAUAGAGUUCAGGAGAGGAAAGAUUAUAUGCUGUUAUCAAACGGAGCAUACCGCUUACAAGGGUGUAGCAGCCGAAGGUGCGGGGAAAGAGGGCGGUUGCUUCAUGAGAAGAUGGGGAGGUUGUUUUAGGGGAAGUGGAAGAGGGGAUGGUGGAGUGUGGACCGAAGAAAAGUUUUCGGGUGGCGGGGAGGGAGAGAAAACACUGGGCAGAGUUGUAGAAACUCAUGAUGGCGUUCUGUGGGUGUUAGCUCGGGGGAGGGGUAAUGGAUGGGGUGGAAGAGUUGUUGCUCAUGCUUUUGGAAAUUCUUCGAUUGUAGAGUUGAGGGUAUCAGAACAGAAUAGAAAACCCAUGAAGAGUAGAAAGUAUGGUAAUACACCUUGGUCCUGUGGGAGAUAGAAAGCCAUGAUACUUUUCAGUGUGAUAUUAAUAGACAGAUAUAUUGGGUCCGGUGAUUCAGUUCCGUAGCGCGAACUUUAGCAAUAAGGAUGUUGAUGGGACAAAGACACGGUAUAUAAUUAAAGUUUGUUCUUGGUGUGUACAGACCAUGAGCUGAUAUUU